AAUAACCUCAAGAACUUGAGGAACAAACCUUGCAAUGGUGAAUUGAUCUUUCUGAAAUCCGAAACUGAAAUUUUUUUGCUGUAAGAUGAGGUGGUGUGUGGAGUGGAGUGGAAGCGACAGUCACGAAGGGAGAAAAAAAAAUAAUACGUAUUGGUUAAUGGAGGCCCUCGCCAUCGUCGUCUUCCACUCGCGUAGAAGUAAGUCUCCCUCCUCCACUCCGCCGUAGCGUCCGUCCACCAUUGCGUGCCCGAUUAAUCCUCUCGUCAUCCCCCCAGCACCACCAUAUAGCCGCCACCGCACCCGGUUCUUGGUGCACAAUUCCGUCGUGUCCUCCCAAGUUGGCGAUCUUGGGUCGGGUGGGUCUCUUGUCUUCUUGUUUCUUGGAGAUCCGUGUAGUCGUCGCCGUCGUGGGGGAGGGGGAGAGACGGCGACGGUACAUGAGGAGGGGGUGUGGUGGCGGUGAGGGAGGGAGGAAACCUGGGGAGGGGGGAAGGGGAGGCGCUGGGGUUGCUGGGGUGCGUCAAUGAGGUGGUGGCGGCGGUGGCGUCGUCGUGGGGGCCGAUGAGCGACGGGGCGCGGGUGGAGGCGGCGCCGCGGCUCGCGCAAUGGCGCGUCGACGUGCUCCCUUGCUACACCUACCGCAAGUCCGAGCCCUUCCGCAUCGGCCUCUGGAACUGGUACCUAUCUGUGGAGAGAAACAACAAGCAAACUUGUGUUAAGGUCUUUGCGGAGUUAUCGAACUCUGCCAAGAACUCAACCCCAGCACCUAUUGCUUCCUUCGUCGCAAAACUUCUCAUAUCUUUUCCUCCAAAUCAGAAGACCAUAAUUCAUCCAGGAAUUUUUGAUAAGCCGCUGAAACACGACGGUUUUGUGUGGGCAAUUGAUAGUACUGUUACAGGAAGAUUUGUGAUUGAGAUAGAGUUUCUUGACCUGAAAAUUGCAGACCCAUCUGGUGGUGAACCAGCCUCAAUUUGGGCCUCCCGCCAAAUCAAGCAAUCUUCAGACAAUACUGCACUCUCAUCCCUGGCAAGAAUGCUGCAAGAAAGCAUCCUCACCGACAUCACUAUCAACGCGACCGACGGCAGCAUUAUGGCCCACCGCGCAAUCCUGGCCAGCCGUUCCCCUGUCUUCAGGAGCAUGUUCUCACACGACCUCAAGGAGAAAGAGCUCUCGACGGUCGACAUCUCGGACAUGUCCCUUGAAGCAUGCCAGGCUUUCCUCAACUACAUAUACGGCGAUCUGCGCAGCGAAGAGUUCCUCACCCACAGGUUAGCCCUUCUCAGAGCUGCUGAUAAGUACGACAUCUGCGAUCUUAAGGAGGCAUGCCAUGAGAGCUUGUUGGAGGACAUCGACACCAAGAAUGUGCUGGAGAGGCUUCAGAUGGCGCACCUGUAUCAACUGCCGAAGCUCAAGGACGGCUGCUUGAGGUUCCUUGUGGAUUUCAGGAAGGUAUAUGAAAUGCAGGAUGAUUUCAAGGUGUUCCUCCAGACUGCAGACAGGGAUAUCAUAGCUGAAAUCUUCCAAGGUGUUCUUGCAACAUGGAGUGGACGAUAGGCAUGCGUAUAACAGUAUAUCUGGGUUGGUUCAGAAGCAUUCUUUCCACAGAAUUCUUGCUGCUAAAGAUGUAAAUAUAUAGUGCUGCAUUCUACAUGCCAUCAAUUGGCUUUAAAUUUAAUGUAUAUAUGCCUUGAUUGGAUUUGUACAUAUCAUAUAUGUAAAAUCUAAUUCUUGUAUCCGACACUUCUUCUGGUCUGGAAAAAUACUUCAGUUU